GUGAAAUCUUGAAUUAUUCCUCAAAAAUUAAAGAAAAAGGUUAAAAAAAAAAACGUUUUCUUUGUCUCUGUCUCAGAAUGGCAUCGCCCGCAAAGAAGAACAGCAACACCAACACCACGCGUCCCCAGAGCAAGGCGAAGAAGAGAGCCGCAGCUGCCGUAUGCCAGCUGCUCGGUAAUGCCAAGAAGAAGCGCGUCGUUUUGGGAGACCUCACGAAUGUCUCACGCGCCGUUGCCGUUUCGGAAUCUCCGAAACCGAAACGGAUAAAGGUUAAACUCAAGAAUGUUGAUGAAAGAAGCGACCCUCAACUCUGUGGCCCAUACAGUUCUGACAUAUACCAGUACCUUUGCGGAUUGGAGGUUGCUCCUCGUUUGAGACCGAUGCCGGAUUAUGUUCAGAAGGUUCAGAACGACGUGGAUGGUAACAUGCGCGGUGUUCUGGUGGAUUGGUUGAUUGAGGUUGCAGAAGAGUAUGGGCUGGUUUCGGAUACGUUAUACUUUUGUGUGGCUUAUAUAGAUAGGUUUUUAUCGUUGAAGGUACUGUCCAGACAGAGAUUGCAGUUGCUUGGGGUUGCUGCAAUGCUUGUUGCUUCGAAAUAUGAAGAGGUUAAGCCACCCGAGGUGGAGGACUUAUGUUACAUUACAGAUAAUACAUACUCUAAGGAAGAGGUUUUGAAUAUGGAAGCCGAUAUAUUGACGGCGUUGAAAUUUGAAUUGGGUGCUCCUACCGUGGGGACAUUCUUGAGGAGAUUCUGUGGAGUUGGUCAAGAGGGUGUUGAUACUUCUGCUCUCCAGUUUGAGUUCCUUAGCUGCUACCUUGCAGAACUCAGUUUGUUGGAUUAUUACUUUGUAAAGUUUCUACCAUCUUUGGUGGCAGCAUCUGUUGUAUUCUUAGCAAGAUUUAUGCUAAGCACAAAAACACAUCCCUGGAAUUCGGCCCUCCACCAACUCACUACAUAUAAACCCGCUGACUUGAAGGAAUGUAUUCUAAAGAUACAUGACUUGUACCUCAGAAGGAGGGGGCCUUCUUUGCAAGGUGUGAGAGAGAAAUACAAACAGCAUAAGAAAUAUGCUGAUUCGAGUUGCAUUGGAUGUUUUGGUACAGUUCAAACGUGUGGCAACAACACCAUCUCCUCCUGAUAUACCCCUUUCUUUUUUUGAGUUUUCAAGGGUAGAUUCGUAGACAAUUGUGAUUUGGCAGAAGCGUAUUUCCUAACACUAACACUAACGACAAGAGUUUCACAAUUUCAGUUGCACUUGCUUAUGUUUAGGGAGGUGCUUUUUGUUAUCAACCUUGUAUAAAAAGGUGAUAAACCCCAUAUGUUGAGAAUUAGGGUUUUCGGCAAUUAGAUUCUUUGUAAGAUUCCUUGGAGGAUAUGCAAUUUCUAUGCAUAGGGAAGUUAUAUACGUGUUCACUAUAGUUCCAUCCUAAGAUGUACAAUCCAUGACGUUCAGAAAUCCCAUAUUGGGUUCCAUUCUCAGAUUUACAAUCCAUUCUAAGAUGUACAAUCCAUGAAGAUCUUUAAGUGAUUUUUGUUAUCGAGCUUGUAUAAAAGUGUGAUAAACCCAAUAUGUUGGGAAUUAGGGUUUUUGGCAAUUAUAAGUUCUUUGUAAGAUUCCUUGAAGGAUUUGCUAUUUCUAUGUAUAGGGAAGGUCUAUGCGUGUUCACUGUAGUUCCAUUCUAAGAUGUACAGUCCUUGACAUUCAGAAAUCAAUUUUUCAUCAGUAAACAGGUGAUAGAUUUC